AUGGAUCGCUUUAUUGUGAGGAGCAAACCACAGAUAGUCAGCGUAGAAGAACCACCUAAAGAGAAGAAAAGAAAGACUGUCAGCAGACAGUAUCAUGAAAGCUACCUGUCUUAUGGCUUCACCUGGACCGGGGAUGUCAACUGCCCCCAUCCCGAGUGCGUAAUCUGUCAGGAGAAGUUGGCUAAUGCUAACAUGGUGCCAAGUAAAUUGAAGAGGCACUUGGAAACCAAACAUCCCUUUCACGUUGAGAGAAACUUGGCCUUCUUUAAAAGAGCGAAGGAUCUGAACCAGAGGCAGCAAGACCAUUUGUUGGAUUGUGUAAAAGUGUCUGAUAAGGCUAUGGAGGCAAGUUAUAUGCUAGCGGAGCUUAUUGCAAAGCAGAAAAAACCACACACAAUAGCGGAGACGCUCAUCCUCCCCGCUUUAAAAAAAAUUGCAGGUGUCAUGCUGGGUCCAGAUGCCGCAAAUGCCUUAUCAAAAGUGCCUUCGUCAGAUAAUACAGUUAAAAGAAGGAUCGAUGACAUGUCAGAUGACAUAGAACAACAGUUGACGGAGAAACUGCAGGUCAGCGGCACAUUUUCUCUACAGGUGGACGAGUCAACUGACAUAAGUGGGGCUGCCCAACUCCUGGCAAACGUCAGAUAUGUUGAUGGUGAUUCAAUCAAAGAGACUUUUUUAUUCUGUAAAGAAAUGGAAAGCCACACAACAGGGGAAGAGGUAUUCAGGGUAACUAAUGACUAUUUAAAAGAGAAAGGUCUGACCUGGGAAAUGUGCGUCAGUCUUUGUACAGAUGGUGCGGCAUGCAUGACGGGGAGAGUGAGAGGUUUUAUUGCCAAGGUGAAAGAACAAAACCCAAAUAUUGUGACAAACCACUGUAUUUUACAUCGCGAGGCAUUAGUUGCCAAAACCAUGCCCCCAGAGUUGGCUGAGGUGCUGGAUCAAUCUGUGCAGGUGGUGAAUUACAUCAAAUCAAGGCCAUUAAAGUCUCGGCUAUUCUCCCAACUGUGCGCUGAGAUGGGAGCUGACCACCAAAGCCUACUCCUCCACACAGAGGUACGUUGGCUGUCACGGGGAAAAGUCCUGUCCCGUCUUUAUGAGCUGCGAGAAGAGGUUUUGGAGUUUUCGAAGGAACACCCUGUCCCUCAUAAGGACAAGCUCGCGGAUCAGAGGUGGGGCGCCAAGCUGGCUUACCUUGCAGAUAUUUUUGGGCACCUCAACGAGUUAAACACCAAGCUUCAGGGCAGGAAUGAGAACAUUCUAUCGUCCACAGACAAGAUUCGGGGGUUUAUGGGCAAGCUUAUCCUGUGGCAGGAGGCUUUGAAACAGGGUUCCAUGGAGAUGUUCCCACUGGCAUCAGCCGCGCCACAGGCUGCUAGGGAGCGCGCUUUAUUUGCUGAACACCUUCAGACAUUAAAAGAGAGGUUUGAGCGCUACUUUCCACGUGUGGCCGACAUCGAGGACUUUGACUGGAUUCGAGCCCCAUUCAAUCAGGAAUCCUCAACACAAAAGCUCAUUUUGAGGGAAAGAGAGGAAUGUGCAGAGCUCCGGAUGGACCGCACAAUGAAACUCAAAUUUAGUGAGCUCCCACUGGAUCAGUUUUGUUUACAUGAAGAGCAACAGGAGGUCACGCCUCUCCGUUGA